UUUUUUAAAAUUAUUUUCAACCAAUUUCUAUUAAAUUUACAAACCAAAUUUUCAACUUAUUUUAUAAGAAUGAGCGAGGAUCGAAAAAUUAUUGAAUACGAUGGAGAAAGUCAAUGGUAUCAGAAGAUGACUUCAAGUGGAAGAGGCAAAAUGCCUGUUGACAUGAAAUCUAAAAGGCGUAUUCAAAUAAGCCUUCCUCAAGAAAAUUUGCUGGAUGUGUUCAAAUUUCUUGACUUCAAUCAAUUAUUGUCUUUUCAACACUCAAGUUUUUAUUUCAAAAAUAUCAUUGAGAAAUACGAGAAGGAAUUGGCGAGGAAGAAAUUUACAAAGCUUAAAUUUGUAUUUUUUAUAAUUUAUUUUAAUCGAUUUUUGGGGGUUUUUUGUUUAUGGGCUGACUUGGGCACCCACUUUUUAGCCACCUUAACGCCAUUUCGGGAUAGGGUGGUGGGCUUUAGCCCCUGGAUACGCCCUUGGCUCCAAUGUUGA